AUGGAUAUCCACCGUUGUCGAUUCGUUUCCUACAACCCCCAGGCGAUCAAUUCGCUUGCUUUCUCCCAUCCACCAUCCGCCGAUCUUGCCGGACGCGGCGUGCCUACCCUUCGACUCGCAAUCGGUCGUGCAAACGGCGAUAUCGAGAUAUGGAAUCCUAUGCGCGGCGCAUGGUUCCAGGAGUCGGUUCUGCGCGGAGGCAGAGAUCGCAGUAUUGAAGGUCUUGCUUGGACAUUGGAUCCUUCUGAGGACGGGCCCGAUGGCUCCAAGCAGCCCGGUCAGCUGCGUCUGUUCAGUAUUGGCUACUCUACAGCUGUCACCGAGUGGGAUCUCGAGCAAGGACGUCCGUUGCGUCACUCCAGUGGAAACUACGGCGAAAUCUGGUGUCUUGCUGCUCAGCCAAGGUGGCAGCCUACAAAGCGAGGCAAGGAUGGAAAAUUCCUGCCUCCUGCUGAGGGAGAGUACACUGGCCAGCACCUUGCUGCGGGUUGUGCAGAUGGCUCAAUUGUCAUUCUGUCUACUGCCGAUAAUGAUCUGAAGUUCUUGCGCUUGAUGCGCCCUUCCACGAAGCGAGCUCGAGUGCUCAGCGUUACCUUCCAGAACCGUCAUACUAUCGUUGCGGGCUACGCUGAUAGCUCUAUUCGCUUGUUUGAUAUUCGCAAUGGACAGCAGUUGAGGACGAUAUCGCUCGGUAAGGGACCUACUGGUGGACCUAAGGAACUGCUGGUUUGGUCAGUCAAGUGUCUUCCUGAUGGCACCAUUGUUUCUGGAGACUCAGCAGGUGAAAUUCGAUUCUGGGAUGCCAAGAACUACUCCCUCAUUCAACGGAUACAGAGCCACUUGGCAGAUGUGUUGGAUGUGGCUGUCAGCUCGAACGGUGAUACUGUGAUCAGUGGUGGUGCUGACCAGAGAACCGUCGUCUACCGCAAGCAGGAUGGAGAGAAGGGUGAUAAGAAGUCUCGCUGGGCAGAGCUCAUGCAUCGACGAUACCACUCACACGAUGUCAAGACUUUUGCCGUUUACGAGACUAAGGAUAUCAGCAUUGCCGUGUCAGGAGGACCCGAUGCUACGCCUAUCGUCUUGCCCCUUCGUGAAUUCGGAAAGGAACACCACCGCAAGCUCUCCAACCUGCCUCAAAUUCCUCAACUUACUUCCUCACCCGCCUCUCGUUUGGUCAUGAGCUUCUGGGACAGAGAAAUCAGUCUUUGGCGUGUGUCUAGAGGCCCGACCUCCGUCCAUGAGAAUAUUGAAGGCCAAAGGCAUAGACUGGUUGCCAAGGUUAUGGUUCAGGGCGAAGAAAAUAUCACAUCAGCCGUGCUUUCCUCCGAUGGAAAGAUUCUUGUCGUUGCGACCGUCUCAGACGUGAAGAUGUUUGCCGUUCGCCGACGCAAGAGCGACGAGAAGGGAGGUCUGCGCAUACAGAAGGUUGAUGUCCCCAAGGCACUCUCUGCAGAGGGUGCACGCUUGGUGACCAUCUCCCCUGAUAGUCGCUGGCUCUCGAUUAUUCGCCCCAACAGCGACGUCUACAUGGCCAGAGUUCAACCUGCUUCUGCCACAUCCGAAAAACCCCAAGUAUUAGAGCGUCUUGCUCGCCUCAAGCGUGCUCCACGUCACGUACGACACGAGAAGGCUUCGCAUGGUACUUUGGGUGACUACGAGAGGGCUAUUCGAACUGCCGUCUUCUCCAAUGACAGCAAGGUUCUGGCCACAGGAGAUCUGUCUGGUUGUGUGGAUACCUGGGCAUUGAGUGCUGCUACUGAAUCUAAUACCAAUGGACAAGCCAAGAGCAACGGAGCCUCUGACUCUGAUGACGACUCCUCUGACGAUGAAGAUGAAGAUAUUGCGAUUGAGGGAGAGCGCUGGAGCACAGCUGCUUCCGAGUCCCCGAUUCCUCGAAUGAAGUCCGGCAUUACCCUUCUGUCAUUCCGCCCUCAAAGCACCACCCAGACAACCGGAGAGGACAGACUAAUGGUUCUCACCAGCGAGCACCAGCUCAUCGAGUUUGAGGCUCUCAGCGGCAAGCUUUCAGACUGGUCACGCCGCAACCCCAAGGCCUACCUCCCCGCCGAGUUCCGAGGCGUGAAAGACCGUGCCAUGGGCUGCAUGUGGGAUGUAUUCGAGGGCCGCGAGCGUCUUUGGUUGUACGGAACUUCCUGGCUGUGGAUGUUCGAUCUCUUACAAGAUUUCCCAACUCCCGAAGAAAUCGAAGCUGAGAGCAAACCCUCAGGCCAACUUGUCCAGACCUCAAAGCGCAAGCGCGAUCCCCUCGAGGAUGGCGAUAAUGACCGCAAGAAGCCCAACAGUGGUGCUGGUGACCGGAUGGCUCGUUCGCAGAUGGAUAUUCACCUUGGAACCAAGAUUCGCAAGAUCGUCGGCAGUGACGAGUCCCAAGGCGAGUGGAUCUCGCUAGACCAGGAGCGUCCGCGUGUUCCAGGCGAGGACGAUGAGGCUUAUGAAUAUGACGAGACCUUCGCGAAUGGUAACGAGACCACUCUCGCUCGUCUCCGACGUGGAGACGGAGCGGACGGAGCUGCACAGUCUAGUUCCAAGGACAAAUCAGCCCCUGUCAAUGGACUCGGUGACACACCCAAAAAGCAACAACUUGUUGUGGCUUCUGGAGACUCGAACCAGCCUGCACGGAGGUGGUGGCACACUUACAAGUACCGUGAUAUUCUCGGUAUUGUUCCACUCAACUCCCUGUCAGGCGACCAGCCAGAAGGAAACCUGGAAGUUGCGGUUAUUGAGCGACCUUUGUGGGAUGUUGAGCUCCCUGGUCGUUAUGUUAAGGAUUACGAGUGA